AUGGAAGAGAAGAAGGAAAAUGUUGGACCUAAAUGGGAAUUCAUUGAAGAAUUUCCUGUUCCAUGCCCAUUCAAAUUCUGUAACGUGAAGUGUCCAAGCACAAUCAUUAUAAAUGAUGAUAAUAAUGAUAUGAUUGUAAGAAUUAUUGAGGAAACAAAGAAACACGAUAAUGAAACAGAGAAAACAGAAGUAAAGAAAUAUGGACAACUCUUAACAACUAAGCCAAUCGAAGAUCUUUCUGAUAUUGAAUUACAAGUAGCCCUGGUUUCAUUAUCACUUAGCAAUCGUGGAACACGUAAUGAGAAAAUCCAGAGAUUACGUAAUUACUUUCAAAAUCAAGAAUAA